AUGCACCAAAGCUGGUUUGCCAAGCGCCAUUAAACGUCAAAGAAAGAAAGGGCAGAUGUUAACGUGCAUGCUGAUGAAUCCAAUUAUAACUACACGCUGUUUGAUUUGCGAGCACGACGAUUAAUAAACAGUCUCUGUUUACAUCCACACACUAUCAAAAUAGUGUCUUUUUUGGAGCAGCUGGUCACAGUAAAGAGCGACGCACAAGCCAGCACUUGAAGAUGUCUGUAACGGAGAUGUUCAGCUACAUCCAAGGAUUUUUGAGUGCCGAUCAAGAUAUUCGAGAGGACAUAAGAAAAGUUGUCCAAGUUCUGGAGCAGACAGCUAGAGAGAUCCUCACUGUUCUUCAAAGUGUCCAUCAACCAAGUGGUUUCAAAGACAUUCCCAGCAAGUGUUUGAAGGCGAGAGAGCUGUUCUGCACUGUAAGAAACCACACUGGAGAGCUGAAAACUAAGUUCCCUGUGGAACAGUACUAUCGGUAUCAUGAACACUGGAGAUUUGUUCUUCAACGGCUUGCCUUCCUUGCAGCUUUUGUGGUAUACCUGGAAAGCGAGUCCUUGGUUACGCGUGAGGAAGUGGCAGAAAUACUUGCCAUUGAAGUCGACCGAGAAAAAGGGUUUCAUUUGGAUGUGGAAGACUAUCUUGCAGGAGUUCUUAUUUUGGCCAGUGAGCUGUCGAGGCUGGCAGUGAACAGCGUGACCGCAGGUGACUAUGGACGUCCACUUAGGAUCUCAAACUUUAUCAAUGAACUUGACUCUGGCUUUCGGUUGCUCAACUUAAAAAACGACCCUCUUCGCAAGCGCUACGACGGCCUCAAGUACGAUGUGAAGAAGAUCGAGGAGGUGGUGUACGAUCUCUCAAUCCGAGGCCUUGCUAAGGAGCAGGAGCAGGAGGCUGGAGGAGAUAAGUAGAGGCGGUGUGGGAACGCAAGAGGCUGCGGGGCACUACCCUGGCUGGGAUUCUCCACGACUGGAAGAGUGCGAGCAGGUGAUCGGAGGAAGGGGGGAGGGAAUGGAGGUUUUGAAGCCCCAGCAGCCUUGGGCGAUAUCUUUUAAGCCACCUGCCCACAAAGACCGAGAUCAGUUCAGGUUUUAGUGGGGAGAUCUUCUCUUUCUCACUUUUGUUGAGAGAUGCUUAUGUACAGAUGCAUUUGUUUGCCUGUGUUUUUUUUUGUUGUUUUUUUUGAUUGGAUGCUUUUUACUAUUACUGAUGUUUUUGUCUCGGCCAUGUCUCUUGUGAAUCAUUGUGCAGUCAAACAAGAACGAAAAAUACAUUUUUUUUGGGUGGGAGAUAUUUAAAAAUGCUGUUAAAAACCGAAGUUCUGUACCUGUUUUGUGGCUUUAUGUCCAGUUGAGACGUCAAGACAUUUUCUUGAUGUUAAACUGCAUAAAUAUUACAUUUGACACACCUAUGCUCAUUGGUUUAUUAGAGUGGGUUUCGUACCCAAGCACUUUUCUGGAAUGUAACAGUUCAAAUCACGUUAAUGGUAGCUUGCCAAGGUGAACAUUGAGAUAAAUUUGAAAACCUGUGCCAAAAUGUUAAGUUUCAUGCCGUAAAUACAUUUUAAAUCAUCUAAUGGUUUCCUGUUGGUACAUAUUUGUACUUUCAUGUAUUUCUCCAUUAAAAAGAAGUUCAUCCAGUAAUUAUUAUUAUUUACUCACCCUCAUGUCGCUCCAAAUCUGUCUGAUUUGCUUUCUUUUUGGGAACACAAUAUUAUUUGUCCAUACAAAGUUAACAGGGGUCUAGUGUUGUUUUGGACCCCAUCGACUUUAAUUAUGUGGAGAAAAAUCACUGUUAACAUCUUCAAUAUGUCUCUUCUUUUGUGAUGCACAGAAGAAAGUUUCACAGGUUUGGAACUACAUGAGGGUGAGUAAAUAAUGACAGAAUGGAAAUUUUUGGAUUAGUACUUGAGAUCAAAGUGAUUUAUUAGUGCAAGUUUGACCACUGGUUUAUCUCUUCUGCUUUUCGGUUCAUAUGUUUCUUUCCUUUUGUUCUGGCUCUUAUGUUGUUGCAUGCUACACCUGCAGAUAGUGUCAUUUCAGGAAGAGCUUUGGAAAAAUAACACUAAAACCUUCCAAACAAAUGUUUUUCAAAGGACAAACUGACAAUGCAUUUGUUUUCCUUUGUAAAGGUUUAUGGCAACUUCUAUGUUCCUCCCCAUUUAGUUUGUGGAUUCUUAGUGCACUGACUUCUUUUUAUUGUUCUUCUUGUUGUGGCUUCUUUGUGGGUGCAUGUUUUAUCUGCUCUUUCAGUGUUUUUGGGGGGCUUUUACUUAAAAUGGUUAAAAAGAAGUUCUCUGCAAUAAUGCUUUGUAUUCUUUGUUUCUCCCCAAAGACAGAUUUCUUAACUUUUCUGAGUAUUUGCAUUUGAAAUGCCUGUGUUCAUGUGGUGCUUCGACUUUCGCUUUUCACUGGGAAACCAUUCGCUUGUUCACUAAUGUUAUGUAAUAAAGAUUCACACUGGGAAUAAUGUUCUCAGAAAAUA